UCCAUUUAACCUUUCACUAAGAAUGUUCUAAUUAAGCUUCCCCAGUUUUCUAUCUGUUCUCUUUUCUAUUUUUACUCUGAACAAUUUAAAUCAAAUCAUUAACAAUUAGAAAUAUGUUUGAAAAUAUAGAUUUUGAAAAUGAUUAUGCCUUUCUUCAAUCCAUUAAGCUUCAACUACUUGAAGAUUGGGAAUGGGAAAAUCCAUUAACAAGCUCAGAUAAUUCAAUCUCAACUUAUAGCCGAAACAAUAGUAUUGAGUCUAAUACUUUUUCUAAUGAGUUUGAUUAUUCGACUGACAAUUUAUCGAAUGAUUUUGAUUGUUUAACUGAUAAAUUCCUCUCCGAUUUGAUUAAUGAUAAUGGCUUUGGAUAUGGAUCGGAUCCUGUUAUUCCAAAUGUGAAAUCGGAGCCUGAAAUUUGGAAUUUCGCGGAAUUUGCGGCUGCGGCGGAAGUGAGAGUGGAACCACCAGCACAAUCUGUUGUGACAGCGCCGCCGCAGAGGCUGCCGACGGCGAGGCAUUAUCGAGGUGUGAGACAGAGGCCUUGGGGAAAAUUUGCGGCGGAAAUUAGGGAUCCGGCGAAAAAUGGGCAAAGAGUGUGGUUGGGUACGUAUGAGACGGCGGAGGACGCAGCGUUUGCUUAUGAUAAAGCGGCGUUUCGCAUGAGGGGUUCACGUGCAAUGCUGAAUUUUCCACUGCGGGUUAAUUCCGGUGAGCCGGAACCCAUUAGAGUUAGGUCGAAGAAGUCAUCAAUGUCGCCGGAAUGUUCUUCAUCGUCGUCGGAUAAUGCGCCGGGGAAGAGGAGGAAGAAGGUCCCUCAAGCGGUAUGAAAUGUGUCGGGUCGGUUUUUCUCACGGAUCAAAUGUUUGGGUUUGGAUAGUUUGGCAAGACGUAUGAAAUAAUCAUCAAUUCAAUCGUGAGAAAAAAAUAAUUUCGAAAUUAUUAUCGUUUCCUAUACAGUAUUAACUCCUAGAAUCGUUUGGUAUAAGGAAUAAGAUAUAAUAAUUUCAGAAUGAAAAUUUUAAUUUAUGUUUAAUGAAAGGUAUUACAUAAUCCUUAAAUUA